UGGUCGCAACUUGCGAGAGAUUCCUACUCAUCCGGAUGAGACUUAUCUGGCCCGUUGCAGUCAGUCGAUUGUCCCUUUCCGGGGCUGCGGCCACGGGGCUGUUCUUGAGGACUCCCCACUGGUUCUUGGAUCGUAGCUACUGCUGGAUUUGGCGUUUCUCGAUGCGUGAUUGCUUUUUAGUCUCGGGCGCGCCGAUCUGUUGUUGCUCUGAGUCUUUCUCAUCUUGGUUUUCCGUUUCAGAGCUCCGGGGCGGCGGCGGCGAGGGCGAGGAUGAUGCUGAGGAGGGUGGUGACCGACCCCGCCGUCGCGGGGGCCAAGUGCGGGACGCUGGACUCCGACUCCAUGGCGCGCAGCCCGAGGUCGCCGCUCGACCUCAGGGCCUUCGCAGCACUCGGCGGCUCCCUGCUCCGGUCGCCGCGCUCGCCCAGGAGCUGGGACUCCCAGCGCGUCGGUCUAGGCAGCCUCGUCGACACCCUCGCCGAGCCUGCCGCCGACGCCAAGAACCGCCUGCUCGGGUACCAGAUGCGGCCAACAAAGCUGCAAUGCCUUGCUAAAUCCUACGCCUCCCUGCCCAAAGACUGCGGAUACGGCCAGCCGGAGCUCGGGGUUGCCGCUGGCGCCGGGGGCAUGUCAGUUCCCUGCACUAGGUUCUACGGGGAUGUGAAGUCUGGUCCAGAGGUCACCGGUGGUUCUCGGCUCGGCUUCAGUAGCCACUCGGUCGACCUUGCCAAGUUCCCGGCGUCCGGGUCGCUGCCGGUGUCGAUUGGUGGCCCGCGCCGGUACAUCGGGUCGGUGUCGGCGAUGGAGGUCGAGCAGUCGGAGGAUUACACCUGCAUCAUAGCUCACGGCUCCAAUCCAAAGACAACCCGCAUUUUUGGGGACUGCAUCUUGGAGCCCUGCCCUCUUCUUGUGCCUGACUGGGAGAGCAAGGAGACCGAAGAGGCCGAGUUGUACUGGCUGGUGAAGGGGCCGGGCGACGCUGACGAGGAGUUCAUGCGCGUCUGCUUCUCUUGCAACAGGAAUCUGGAUGGCGAUGAAUCUUGCAUCUUUCGCAGUGGGAAUGCAUUUUGUGGUGGCUGCUGCAAAGACCAAAUAAUCCUGAAUGAAGAGGAAGAGGAGAUCAAUCCUGCAGCCUCCUCUCCCAGCUCAGCUAGCUCAACAUUGCCGUUCCACGAGGAAGACAUCUUCAUCGAUGGAGUGGUGAGUGGUCGUGCUGAUAUGACCUCCGUCUCCUCCGAUACCUGACCGACGCACCAUCUGCCAGAAGACGGUCAAUAAUGUAUGUUACCGUUGUCGCCGCCAUCACCACCAAAUGCCAUCAUUUAGUUUGCUGGUUUUUGUAAGUUCUGUUUCAGCUGUUGAGGAAGUGGAUGGCAUUGGUGGGUCACUGAUGGAGCUGCAUCUGGUUCGGCCUUUAGGAAACAAAAGAGAGGUUGCCGGCCAUUAGCCCUGUAGUUUUGGUCAUAAGGCUAUUUGGUGACUGCGAGAUGAGUCCUUUUCUUCUUCUUCUCUCUUAUUUGGUUACCUCUUGGCAGCAAUGACAGUGUUCCGUGAUGUAAGUUGGGACCCUCAUGAGAUAAUGCCAUUGAGCUGUUUUGAUUAA